AUGGCGAACUUGACAACUCUUCCCAAAGAUCUGUUGGUGGAGAUUCUCACCAGAAUCCCGACGACAUCUAUGAGAGCGAUGCGUUGUACUUGCAAAAAGUGGAACACUUUAUCCAAAAAUGGAGACUUUACGAAGAAGCACAUGGCCGCAGAAGCAGCAGCAGCAGCAAAAGAAGGAGAGAUUCCGGCGGUCGUGUUGUUUAACCGCAGUCUUCAUUUGAUGAGCGUCAAUCUAAACGACUCAGAUCCAUCUGUCACUCGUAGAGGUAAUCUCACUAGCCUAAACGAAACGGAUAACCUCAACGUCUCUCAAGUUUACCACUGCGAGGGUUUAUUGCUAUGCGCCAUGGAAGACAACUCCAAGCUCGUCCUCUGGAACCCUUACUCGGGUCAAACCCGGUGGAUCCUCGUCAAACCCAGGAAGUAUUAUCACUCUCUCGGGUACGGAUACAGAUCCGGCAAACGCAGCUACAAAAUCUUGAGGUUUCUUGACGAAUCUGUGCACGAGAUCUACAACGUAAGCUCUAACACGUGGAGGGUGCUUGGUGUGAGUCCAGACUGGUACGUGGACGUGGAUGAGUACGAGAACAAUGGCGUGACUGUGAAGGGAAACACGUACUGGUACGCUAAGCCUCUCGAUAUCAUAUCAGCAGGAGGAGAAGAGCUCCCUGGGUUCUUACUCUGUUUCGAUUUCACGGCCGAGAGAUUCGCUCGGCGUCUUCCUCUUCCCGUGGAUGGGUUUUUCGAAGACGCGGUGGUUCUGUCCAGUUUCAGAGAGGAGCAGCAGCUUGCUGUCUUGUUCCAGAGCAUAAACACAUUGGAGAUGGAGGUUUGGGUGACGAGCAAGGUUGGGCCCAGUGCUGUGUCCUGGAGCAAGUUCUUGUCGGUGGAUAUGGCAGCGCCGUUCAUCAAGUUUAAUAUUGGUGCGAGUUUCAUGGUGGACGAGGAGAAGAGAGCCGUGGUUGUGUUUCAGCAUGGGAAAGCUAAAGCCGAGUCAGGUUAUCGUACCUGUCCCAACACUGCUUACUUCAUUGAUGGGGACAAAGGUUACUUGAGAGGAGUGGAUCUCGGAGAUAGAGAUAUGGAAGUAUACAGCAAGGUUUUAUCGCAGGGCUUCGCUUAUGUUCCAAGUUCACUGCAGAUCAACGAACCGGUUAUGACUGAGAUUAUAGCCGGAGUAAACCGACUUUGA